UCCCCGAGGAUCGGUCGUGAAGGUGACUCACUUCUAAAGUGGAAGCUUUGAUUACUAUACCUUCCUCUUUCUGCGGCCGUGUGGUGAGUUGUGUAGCGGUUUAAUCGAGUUCCUCGAGAUUGCAAACCCGCCACGUACUAUAUAACCGAUGCUCGGUCAAUCGAUUCUCUCAAUCGUAAUCUCUCUCUUCGUGUCGCCAACAACGGAAACCUUUUCUGCUCUCACUUUCGAAAUAUCGGGCGGAGAGACGUUGAUCCUUGCGCUAUGUGGUCUACACUCGCGAUCCUUUGUCUGAUAACAACCUUCGGUUUCAACAGUGCAGAAAGAUCAUUGACAUCGAAUUCUUUCUUGAAACAAUCCGAUUCUACCCUGUCGAGAUUAAGAAAUUUGGAAGACGUGCCGGCCAGACUUUCACGAAUAUUCGGAAAAAACAGUCGUACCAGGAGAUUGCACAUAGAGAAUCAGCAUGGAUUAGAUGGCAAAGUGGAGAGGAUUAAUAUCAAUUCCGAGGAGGAUCUUCCUGGAAUUAGGGCAUACGGAGUGCAGAAAAAAAAAUUAAUGAAUAACGGUUACAUCGAAAAAUCGAUACAGCGAGAGAUUACGAAAAAUGUCGAGGAUGGUUCCAGGGUUACUCGUUCGGUGGAGGCGUACGGGAAAACGAAGGAGCGUCUCGAGAUGAACGGCUCAAUAGAGAGAGGGCAUCCAUUGGAAAUCCAUCAAACUCGAAGGAAGCCGAGGUCGAUCGAAACGGAGAUGAAAGAAGAUAGCGUUAAGGAGGAUGAUCUGGAAGAUCUGGAAGGUCAAGACGCCAAAGUGUUCAGGCCGUUGUUCGUGUACAGGCAGCAGAUGGCCAGAAGGAAGCAUCGGGCAAAAAAUCAGAUUUAUGGUUUUCCGGCUGGCGUGAAAAUCCCUUGUGAAAAACGAGCGCCAAUUUUCUGAGCGCUGUUUCCCGCUCGACUCUUAUCGUUCGCUUCGUUUUUUCAUCGGUUGCAAAAUCGGUUGUCGCGAUAAAGCAAACGGUUCGAACGUUUCACGAUGAAUGAAACGAGGAAUCGGCCGAGAAAGUGUUUGCACGUACACCCAAGUCCUUGAAGUCGACUAAUUAUCAUAAUAAUUAACCGAUUGAGUCAGCGUCACUUUGUGCCAUAAAAGAAGAAAGCGGUUCUCGAGGAGGAUGGCGGUGAGGAUGAUGUUAAGUGCCUAUGUACGUUCGGUGAUUGAAAGCACGAUAAGUUUUUGAAAUACCAAAUAGUAUUUUAAUUAUAUUGCAAUAGGAUGCAUGCGCUUAUAAUAAUGAAUGAUUAUCUUUGUGAUCUUAAAUUAAACUCGAUAUUUUGUAUCUUACGCAUGAAAAAAAAAAAUAUUCUUCUUUCUUAUUAUCCUUCUUCUAUUUUAUAUUUUCUAUAUUCGUUUCUGGGAUCGUAAGAUUUAUAUUGAGAAAUAUUAUAUACUUCUCUUAUAAAGAGAAUGAUAUAUGAUGUAUACCUUCGUAAAACGGAUGUUUCGAUUUAAUUUUAUAUUAAAAAAAAAAAAAAAAGAAAAA